AUGGCAAGGGAGGGACAGAGCAGAACUUCAAGAUGGUCCCUUUCCGGCAUGACCGCUCUUGUUACCGGGGGCACUCGUGGGAUUGGGCAAGCGACUGUGGAAGAGCUUGCUGAAAUGGGUGCAAUUGUGCACACAUGUUCAAGAAAUGAAGCCGAGCUUAAUCAACGUUUGCAAGAAUGGAAUUCAAAGGGAUUUAAAGUGAGUGGUUCUGUGUGUGAUGCUUCUUCUAGAGACCAAAGAACAGAGCUCAUGGAAAAGGUCUCCUCAAUUUUCAAUGGCAAACUCAACGUUCUUGUAAAUAAUGUUGGGACGAACAUCAGGAAGUCAACUGUUGAUUAUUCUGAUGAAGAAUAUUCCAAUCUCUUGGCUACAAACUUGGAGUCUUCUUACCAUCUAUGCCAACUCGCUUAUAAUCUUCUUAAAGCUUCUGGCAAUGGAAGUGUCGUGUUCAUUUCCUCUGUUGCUGGUCUGGUGAACAUAUCGUCCGGAUCUAUUUAUGGAGCAACUAAAGGUGCAAUAAAUCAACUUACAAAGAAUUUGGCUUGUGAAUGGGCAAAAGACAGCAUUCGUGUCAAUUGCGUUGCACCGUGGUAUAUCAGAACCUCUCUCGUGGAACAUUUGCUGGGAAACAAAGAGUUUUUGGAUAAGGUAAUAUCUCGAACUCCCCUUGGACGCCCUGGAGAACCACACGAAGUCUCAUCCUUGGUAGCUUUCCUUUGUCUCCCGACUGCAUCGUACAUUAGUGGUCAGGUUAUUGCUGUUGACGGAGGAAUGACUGUAAACGGGUUUCCCUAG